UUGAAGAAUCAAUCAACAAAAAAAAAAAAAAAUUCAGGUUCAGAUCUUGAUAAUGCUUUGUUAUAGAAAUGAAUCAACGGCUAGAGAUCUAAACGGAAUAAGUCAUUAUAUUCCACUGCAAUCAAUUACAUGGGAGAAAUAACAACAAGAUGGCCGACGGAGUCGGAGAAAGAGCAAGGAGAUGCCCUUUGUUCGUCGGAGUCGGAGAAAGAGCAAAGAGAUGCCCUUUGUUCGCCGGAGUCGGAGAAAGAGCAAGGAGAUGCCCUUUGUUCGUUGGAGUCGGAGCAAGAGCAAAGAGAUGCCCUUUGUUCGCCAGAGUCGGAGAAAGAGCAAGGAGAUGCCCUUAGUCAGCCGGAGUCGGAGCAAGAGCAAAGAGAUGCCCUUUGUUCGCCGGUGUCGGAGCAAGAACAAGGAGAUGCCCUUUGUUCGCCGGAUUCGGAGAAAGAGGAAGAGACCCUUCCAUGGCAAGUCGAUCGAUUAUUUUUAAAGAAACAAAUAAAUGAACCGGGUGUAACCGGUAUAGCUAAGCAGAAGAGACAUUAAUACUCAAAUUUUAUUACUUUUAAAAAAUAUCUACCAUUGAUUUAAAUCUAAUGGUCUUUAUUAAAUAAACACGUCCAUCCUAAUUUUUUUUUACUGGUCUUUAGCCAGCCCCGUCUAUUGUAUUAUAUUUGUAUGUACAUAUAUAUAAUAAGAUUUCAGUAAAUAAAUUAUUUGUUUAAUUUGCAAAUAAAUGCUUUCCUGUUUUUGUUUUUGCUGCAUCGUUUUUUGUUUUCUUCCAUAAAAUUAUGGUCACUCCCAAAUCCCAAGCACAGAUCAUAGAAACCCUUUCAUGAAAAGCCAGAGAAGAACUCAUAAACAAAUAAAACAAACCGUCACAAGAAAAUGCCUUACAUACACAGGGAAUGCUAAUUAAUCUCAAAGCUAAACCAAACACACAACAAAAAAUGCCCAAUGGCACUUUUCAUUAUUACUGAAACAAACCACACCACACCAAGCUACUACAUGCUUUGUGAGACUAAGGGCCAAGGACACUUUCUAUAAUUACUAAAACAAACCACACCACACCAAGCUACUACAUGCUUCGUUGAGACUCAGCGCUAAUGGCACUUUAUAUUAAUUAUAUCUUAUGAGGCGUUUUGUUGAACAUCUAGCUCCAAACCAGGGGUAGCACAAAGUCCCCCCCGCUGGAUAGAUGUGCAACGCAUCGGGUAGCAACAGGGAGGUGAUAAAGCAGCACAAGAAUAGCCAGCUUGUAAACAGUUUGUUACAUGGACACAUUUCCGAUUCUCACCCCAUCCCCUCUCACCUUCACAAUGCAGUCCUUCACAGCAUGUCUUGUGUUGUGCCCAAUGACAAUAUUCACCAGGUACCAUACACCUGUUAGGUACCAAAUUCAGAUGAACAUCCGAUUGUAGUCGACCAAAGCACCCCACAACCAUCACACCCACUACCAACGCUAUUACCAUAAACUUCUUCAUCAUUCUUUUCUUACUCUCCUAUACUUUAAUAUAUAUAUAUAUAUUUUUUUUUUGUAAUUUUUUUACAC